CCGCAGUAGAUUUGAAAAAAAAAACCACGACAUCCACGCGACUACUGCUGCAUGGGUUACUUCGUUGUGGGAUUUUCAAGAUUCUUUGUUUUCUUUCAUGACAUUUGUCGAUCGUCUGUUUGUUGUUAUCGUCGGAAAGUUAAAACACCAUCAUCGUGUUCAUUAAACUGUUUUCGAAAAUUGUGCUACAUUACAGACGGCAAAAAUGAAAUUCCCCUGGUCCCAUACGACGAUUGUCGACAUGAUAAAGAAUGACCAUAAAGUGGAAGAAAAGUGUCGCCAGGUUACAACUGAUAUAAUUGCUGGGAAGCUAAACAUAGCGGAAUUUGUGGAAGAGUUAGGACCAGCACUAACUCACACCGAUGCUACGAUACGUGCCAAGGGUACAACGCUCCUGUCGAAUGUGCUUACGGAUCUUCCAGCGGACUGUCUCAAUGCGAGUCAGAUAGAGCUACUGUGUACAUUUUAUAUUGAUCGGUCGCUAGAUCACAACACCGUGACGCCAAUGGUUCUGGCAGGCAUUGACGCAUUGAUCAACAUGACUAACUUCCCCGAAGGCGCGGCUGUCCGAUUGCUGAGAGCGCUUUUCGAGCGUGUUCCUUGCCAAAGCCAGAAAAAGCCAGAACGUACGCUUUACUUUCACACGAUUCUUACGCUUGCGGUGCAGAAAACUACCGAACUGAAGGAGUGGGGCGUAGAUUUCGUGUAUGGUGUAAUCGGCGCAAUUGAAGGUGAACGUGAUCCGCGCAAUUUAUUGUAUUUGUUUGAGCAUAUGCCAUCAUUUAUCCGGACGUUCCCGAUGUUUCAUCUAGCGGAGGAAAUGUUUGAAACGUUUGCCUGUUACUUCCCGAUUGAUUUCCAUCCCAAUCCGAAUGAUCCUGUCGCAAUAACGAGGGAAACGCUGUCCGAACAACUUGCAAACUGUCUGUGCGCUACGCCCGAAAUGGCUGAAUUUGCAGUGCCACUUUUGCUGGAGAAGCUGGAUAGUAGUCUUAUCGUGGCGAAGCAAGAUUCGCUUUCACUUCUCGUACGCUGUUUGGAGUUGUUAGAUGUUGCAAAAGUCGAGGAACAUCACGACGAACUGUGGAUUGCAUUGAAGAAAGAACUCUUGUCUACUGGAACGACAUCCACCGCCGAAAAGGAUCUGGUCGAUGCGGCUUAUGCCACGGUACAGGCACUGGUAAAAAAUGCAACGAAAAGCGAAUCUGCCGCAAAAGCUCUACUCGACAAAAUAUUGCUCAGCGUAAUGGGAGGGCUGACCGAUGCAAGCUCGAAACAGUUCGAAACGAGCCUGCGUGUGGAGUUGAGCUGUGCCCAGGCGAGUGAGUACUGUGCCGUGUACAUCAUAGAAAAGCUUGUACCGAUGUUACUCGCCCAGCUAAACCCCGACGAACAUGUUGAGGUACGCGUGGCGAACGUACUGGUCGAUGCGAUACAGCGCCUGUGCGUCGUUUGUGCCCAUUGGUAUUGCAUUCACAAACUUGACCCGGCCAUUGUGGGACAGAUGCAUAAAAAGUUAGUCGAAAUACUGCUACAAGAAGCCGACACUAGCGAACCGAAACGAUCGGCCCUGAGAGCUCUCGCUGCCGUCCCCGAAAUGGUAACGAGCGAAAAUCGAUACGUGGUGUACAGCACGAUCGUAAGGAUUUUGCUUAACGCUGGUGACAAAUCGACGAAUACGAUCACUGCCGUUCAGGAAUGCUUAUUCUCGUUCGCCAUCCGCUACCAGCAGGAAGUGAAAACAGUCGUCCUAGAGAAGCUCAUUACGCACGAUUAUGCCACAGUUGAUGCAGCACUAGUUCAGCUGGUGUUUACAACGUUGGGAAAAUUCAUUCUUUACCAUGGUUACAUGGAUAAGAUGGUGAAAUUUUUCCUUUCAAAAAUAUUCGAUGCUGAAAAUGACAAUUUGUCCAUCGUUGCCAUGGACACGCUGACGGAUGUGGUAGAGAGUGGUCAUUCGAACCAGCUAGCGAAAGCCGAGCUCUACGUACAGUACAAGCUGAUCGAUCGAUUCUUCGAGUAUACGAACGAUCGCCUAAGCUCGGAGUAUCUACACGCGAUGGCUCGCCUGAUCGGUGCCGUAGUGAAACAGCUUUCGGUAGAAGAUCAGCACGAUUUGAUAGUGCAACGGUUGCCAUCGCUGCAACUUCAACGGCGUCCGGAUCUGUACUUAGCUUCCGGAUUGCUCGGUUACCUCGACCAAAGCGUACCCUUGGUAGAUCAUUUCGAAAAUCUCGUCACCGAUCUGAGCAACCUCGCACUCGAAUCGGACGACGAAAAGGUGCGAAACGUUUGCAACCGGCUGUUGUGCAGCUUGUUCAACCGAAUGCCGGACGAUGAGCAUCAUCGUGGUGUGCUGAAGCGGCUCCUGAAAACCGUACGGGCCGAACUGAAGAAACACAACCAUCAGGCAGUGAUCAUACUGGGAUGGAUUGGCAAGGGUUUGAUUGCACGCGGCCAUGCCGAAGCAGGUGAAAUUGUAGACGAUGUUGCGGAUCUACUAGACCAUCCCACCCUGGGACAUAUCGCUGCACUAGCGUUUGAGAUACUGUCGAUUGAAUUCCCACAGCUUCAUCUGCCCCUGUUACGCAAUCUGUUUAAGCAAAAGCUGUUCGUGUGGGUAAUGAAGAAGCUGGAGGAAAAGCUGGAACAAUAUGGGGGCACCCAUCUGAAAGCGUUGGCCUUUGUGCUUGCUGCGACACCACACACGGUACUGAAAAUGAACCUAUCCAAGGUGGGGCCGGUGCUGCUAAAAUGUCUCGCACAGGACGACGACAAAGCGAUACUGGAAGCGUUAACGAUCGUGUUGCGUUUUACGCGCGAUCACGAUCCAUUUAUACAGGAUCAUCUGCAAACGUUGAUACCGCUGUUACUUAAGCUGACGGUACGCGAAACAUCCAUGAAAAUACGCAUCGAUGCACUCGAAUGUAUGCUGUACGUGUGCAAAUAUCCCACGUUUUUGCUUCUUCCCUUCAAGCAAAGUACGCUUCUCGCGCUACAGAAACCGUUGGACGACCGGAAGCGCUUGGUACGCAAUGCGGCCGUAGCAACGCGGCUCCAAUGGUUUGUGGUAGGCAGUGCGGAGGAAACGAAACCCGAUAAGUAAGUUACACCACCCUCCUGUUCAAAUAUACAAACAAACACACAUACACACUAAAACUGGCUACCUCGAGGAGAUUCCCGCACAAGACACGUGGUCGUUCCAUAGAAUGCAUAUGAAAGGAUACAUUCUACCGGCGUUGCAUUUUCGUUUUACAGUGUUUUACCGUAGUUGAGGAUGUCAAUGUUAGAAUGAAAUCAAAUUUCAUUUGAUGAAAUUUUCCCUUUUUUUUCUUUCAAUUCAUUUAACUUUUCGUUCGUAUAUAUAUAUAGUCGUGGCGUUUAAUAUCGAAUAAAGGACGUUUUAUAUUCAAACUGCUUAAUGCUUGGGUGGAUU